GUCGCCCCCUGGUGGCGCAGAUCCGGGCGUGUCCGGCUGACUCCGGUCUCCGCACUGCGGACAGAAGGGCCGCGCGUCGCCGGGGCGGGGACUCGGGGACCUCGGCGGGCCGGGCGCGGCGCACACGCAGGCGGGCGGCCGAGUGGCCGGGUGUGGCGGCCGCAGGUGCCCCGUUGGCGGCCCCCUGAUCCGGUUCUGUGCCUGGAUCGUCCGCGCUGCCCAUGGCUGAUGUGCCCGAGCCCGACCUCGGGGCAGCCGAGGCGGCGGCGCCAGCCGUGGAGACGCCGGCCUGGAAGGCCCCGGAGGACGCGGGCCCGAAGCCUGGAAGUUAUGAGGUUCGACACUAUGGACCAGCCAAGUGGGUCAGCACUUGCGUGGAGUCUAUGGACUGGGACUGGGCCAUCCAGACUGGCUUUACGAAACUGAACGACUACCUCCAAGGCAACAACGAGAAAGAGAUGAAAAUCAAGAUGACAGCUCCAGUGACAAGCUACGUGGAGCCUGGCCCAGGUCCUUUCAGCGAGUCUACCAUUACCAUUUCGCUAUAUAUCCCCUCUGAGCAGCAAUCCGAUCCGCCCAGGCCUUCGGAGUCAGGUGUCUUCAUUGAGGACAGAGCUGAAAUGACAGUGUUUGUACGGUACCUGUGCAUACAGAGAUGCCCGCGUUUCCUUCAGUGUGAGUGUAAACCGAGGUCCUUCGAUGGCUUCUCCAGUGGUCAAAAGAAUCAAGAACAACUGUUGACGUUAGCAAGCAUUUUGAGGGAAGAAGGCAAAGUUUUUGACGAGAAGGUUUUCUACACUGCAGGCUACAACAGUCCUUUCAAAUUGCUCAAUCGAAAUAAUGAAGUUUGGUUGAUUCAGAAAAACGAACCCUCCAAAGAAAACGAAUGAGGAGGUGGAAGGAAAUUCAUUGCCGGGGCAAAUCUGCUUAUUACAAACAUCAACGCCACCUACAAGCAAAGUGCGUGUCUAGUAUCUUCUACCUGAGAGCUAGUAUGAAUUGCGCUCAUUUCCAGUGUGCCUUUUUGAAUGUUCAGAGCUUUACUUAGAUAGAUGCCAGGGGACAAGUCUGAAAACAUGUAACUCUGGUGGCCUUUGUUUCUGUGAGGAUCCGGACAUGCCACGGUGCUUCCCUCUUCACUGCAUCACAGUCACUUGCCUUUUGCUGCUUGGGUUCAUGUCAGCUGGAUGCAAUGCCUCCCAGAUAGUCUCAGUAGAAAUAAGCGUUAAAGAUUUAUCCUGUGUGGAACUAGAGGCUGUCAGGCCUGGAGAGGUGAAGUUCAGCUGGGAACAGAAAUAAAUGGUCUUUUACUGCUGCCCUUGUCCCAUCCAGAUGCCCACUCAAGAAAACUCUCAUGCAAAAGCAUUGAUAAAAUUUUGAGACAUAGGACAAGGUUAUGAAGUUAGGAACUUCCUGUCCCCUUGCCACUUAAUAAAGGUAUGUUUUUGAAAGACACAUAACUUAAAACUUCACAUGGAUUUUUAAAGUAGCUCAUACACUAUUGUAUGAAAAUGAUUAUCCAAAGUGUGGGUUGCUAUAAAAUCAAGGUUAGGAAUCCUUGCCUAACUGGGGAAGGUAAUGUCACAUUCCGGUCCCUGCUCUAUUGUGGCUCCCAGGGGAGGAACACAGUUGGAGCUCAGUAGCUUCCUGACAGUUACAGCUGCCCAUGGGUUCAUGGCUGCGUUUUCCUCACUGCUUGAGGUCACACCGUCACUUGUCAGGAGAAAAUCACUGCACAUGAGGUUUGAGUGGCCAGUGGAUUGGAUGGAGCUAGAUGAUGUGCGAGGUCCCCUCUACCCUAACGUUACACAGUACCUCUUAAAUUUCAUCUCCCUGACCUGGAUACACUUAAUGGUUUCUGUAGCUGACAUACAUGGAUUGCCUCAGAAGUGCACUGUUCCAAGCGUGUCACCAGAAUGUUCACACUCGGCCCUCAGAUUGACCCACAUUGGAUGAUCCCCAUUUUAUAGAUGAGGAAACUGAGGCACAGAGACUUUAGGUAACUUGUCCCAGACGAAACUAAGGGUAGAGGCUGAGUGAGUCCAGCACUGUGACUUCUAAGCCCACACUGAUGACCACCACACCCACGGCUGACUGGAUGGUGAUACUCCUCGUCCAGAGACGAGUCACACGACUCUGACCUCAGAGGUCCCUCUGAGGUGAUAAUUUUUUACUCAAAACAAGCUAGAUUCCUGGUUUUGUAAUUACUGUGGAUAUGUUGAAAUUCCUG